AAAAAAAAAAAUUAGCAGCACCAGUUUUGGUGAAGAUGACCACCAUUUUUGUCUACUUCAUAGUUUUCUAGAUUCAUUAACUGUAACUCUCUCUCUCUCUCUCUCUGUGUGUGUGUGCGUGUUUAGAUCUUAUUACAGAGACAAAGAACCAUGGAGCGUAACAGCACUACUUCUGAAACAUGGCAAUCAUCGAUCCCUCUUCUUGUUCAUAAGGCUAAUAAGGGACCAUCAUCUUCAUCUUCAUCUUCAUCUUCGAUACCCACCGUUCUCAUGCUUAGCACUCUUGUUGCUGUUCUUGGUUCUUAUGUGUUUGGCUCUGCUGUGGGUUAUUCAUCCCCUUCACAAUCUGGAAUCAUGCAUGACCUCAAUCUUGCUCUCGCCCAGUAUUCCAUUUUUGGUUCAAUAUUGACAAUUGGAGCCAUGAUUGGUGCCAUUCUCAGUGGUACAAUAGCAGAUUAUGUGGGUCGUCGGCUUGCCAUGGGAUUUGCCGAGGUUUUCUGCAUAUUUGGAUGGGUUGCCAUAUCAUUCGCGAAGGAUGCUUGGUGGCUUUACGUUGGAAGAUUGUUUGUGGGAUUUGGGAUUGGUCUUCUAUCUUAUGUGGUACCGGUUUACGUAGCAGAGAUAACACCCAAAAAUCUUCGAGGGGGAUUCACUACAGUUCAUCAGUUGAUGAUAUGUAUUGGGAUGUCAUUAACUUACCUAAUGGGAGCAAACUUGAAUUGGCGGGUUGUUUCUCUAAUAGGAACUAUUCCGUGUCUUGUACAGCUUCUGAGCCUUCCCUUUAUCCCUGAUUCUCCUAGGUGGUUGUCAAAGGUUGAUCGCAUGAAGGAGAGUGAUUCUGCUUUGCAGCACCUUAGAGGGAAGAAUGCCGAUGUUUAUCAAGAGGCCACUGAAAUUAGAGAGUAUAUAGAAACACUUCAGCAGCAAACAGAAGCUAGCCUAGUUGGCUUAUUUCAGUUGCAGUAUUUGAAGUCACUUACUGUAGGAGUUGGAUUGAUGAUACUGCAGCAGUUUGGAGGGAUUAAUGGCAUUAUUUUUUAUGCAAAUUCUAUAUUUAUCUCUGCUGGUUUUUCGGAAAGUAUUGGUACAGUAGCAAUGGUCGUUGUUAAGAUCCCAAUGACAACUUUGGGAGUAUUUUUGAUGGAUAAAUCUGGUAGAAGACCUUUACUACUGGUCUCUGCAGUGGGAACCUGCUUAGGAUGUUUUCUUGCUGCUCUAUCAUUCUUCAUGCAGGACAUACAUAAAUGGAAAGAACUCAGUCCAAUUUUGGCACUUGUUGGUGUACUGGUAUAUGUAGGAUCAUACUCCAUAGGGAUGGGGGCGAUUCCGUGGGUUAUAAUGUCUGAGAUAUUUCCCAUUAAUGUGAAAGGCUCUGCUGGAAGCUUUGUGACCUUUGUUAACUGGUUGUGUUCUUGGAUUGUCUCAUAUGCUUUUAACUUUGUUAUGGUUGGGGCAGGAACAUUCUUCAUAUUCUCCGGCGUAUGCGGGUUGACAGUUGUAUUCGUUGCAAGAUUAGUACCAGAGACAAAGGGGCGCACACUUGAACAAAUUCAAGCUUCUUUGAAUUCAUAUUCUACAAAGAAAUUCAUUAUCUUUUCUGUCAUAACCUUGAAAUUCUGUGUAGCUUCUUUGUGCAGGAGAGGUUGGUCAAUCUUGGAGGACAGUAAGAGCAUGGAACCAAGCCAAUCAUGGACUCCUUUGCUUUCCAACACUGAAUCACAAGUUCAUGGUGUUAUUACCUGUGAUAAACAGAUGAUGCAGAGUGAAACUUGUUCCAUGCCAGCUACUCUCAUACUCACCACCCUUGUUGCUGUCUUUGGUUCUUACGUUUUCGGAUCUGCUGUUGGAUAUUCAUCACCUGCUCAAUCUGGAAUCAUGGAUGAACUCACUCUUGAAGUUGCUGAUUAUUCAUUUUUUGGUUCAAUAUUGACAAUUGGAGCAAUAAUUGGUGCUUUUGUCAGUGGUAGAAUAGCAGAUUGUGUUGGACGUCGAGUUGCAAUGGGAUUUGCAGAGGUAUUCUGCAUCUUGGGAUGGCUUGCAAUAGCAUUCUCAAAUGUUGCUUGGUGGCUUUACAUUGGAAGAUUGUUGGUAGGGUGUGGAAUGGGCCUUCUAUCUUAUGUGGUUCCAGUUUAUGUAGCAGAAGUAGCACCGAAGAAUCUCCGAGGAGGAUUCACCACGGUUCAUCAGCUUAUGAUUUGUUGUGGGGUAUCAUUAACUUAUCUUAUUGGAGCAUUCUUGAAUUGGAGGAUUUUGGCUCUGAUAGGAAUCAUUCCUUGUAGUGCACAGGUUCUGAGUCUACCCUUCAUUCCUGAGUCUCCUAGGUGGCUGGCAAAGGUUGGUCACUUGGCGGGGAGCGAAAAUUCUUUACAGCGCCUUAGGGGAGAGAAUGCCAAUGUUUCUCAAGAGGCCACUGAAAUUAGAGAUUAUACAGAAGCACUUCAGCAGCAUUCAGAAGCUAGCAUUAUUGGAUUAUUUCAAUUGCAGUAUUUGAAGUCACUUACUGUAGGUGUUGGCCUAAUGAUACUGCAACAGUUUGGAGGGGUUAAUGGCAUUGUUUUUUAUGCAGGUUCUAUAUUCAUUUCUGCUGGGUUUUCAGCAAGUAUUGGAACAAUAGCAAUGGUUUCUGUUCAGAUUCCAAUGACAAUUUUGGGAGUACUUUUGAUGGAUAAAUCCGGAAGACGACCACUUUUGCUGGUCUCUGCUUCGGGAACAUGCUUCGGAUGCUUACUUGUGGCCCUAUCAUUCCUUUUGCUGGACCUACAUAAAUGGAAAGAUCUAAGUCCUAUUCUUGCUCUUGCUGGUGUACUGGUAUAUACAGGAUCUUUCUCUCUUGGCAUGGGAGGAAUCCCAUGGGUUAUAAUGUCUGAGAUAUUUCCUAUAAAUGUAAAGGGGUCUGCUGGAAGCCUAGUGACUUUGGUUAGUUGGUUGUGCUCUUGGAUUGUGUCAUAUGCCUUUAACUUCCUUAUGAGUUGGACUUCAACAGGAACUUUCUUCAUAUUCUGUGGCAUUUGUGGUUUCACCGUUGUAUUUGUGGCAAAAUUAGUACCAGAGACCAAGGGCCGUACACUAGAAGAAAUUCAAGCAUCUCUCAAUCCAUUUUCAACAAAGACAUGAAUUGUAAUUUGGAUCAAAUAUUUAUCAUUAGGUUAAAAAUUAUUAUAAUUUCUUAGAAUUAUAUCCGGCAUCAAAUGCUAGUGCUUGUUGUCAAGGUGGUGUGCCAAAUUAGUUUACGUUUUGAAUUAUCACUUAAGACAAAAUUGCAAGCUAUUCAUGAGUUUCAAUUUUAAUUUUUCCUUUUGUUUA